AUGCAGAGAACUCCACGACAAAAUAAAUCAGUGAUAAGCAAGGAUAAGAUUCAAGCUUCGCCUAAUAUGCAUGGUUCAAUGUCAUCUUUGCCUACUCGCCAUCUUGUUAACACGGCUGAUCUUGAGGGUCGCGUGGCUGCAGCUGAAAAAUUAAACCAGCAGAUUUUGCGCGACAUUUCCGAUCUCAAAGAGGAGUUACAACUCAGUAGGAACAGAUUCUCUGGUAUGCAGACAUUCUUAGACCAAUCUGUAGUGUUGUUUAAAUCCAAAAUAAGUAUUAAACACUUGCUGACCUUCUUGCUACUAGCUCAUCCAUCCAGCAGGGGACCUAAAGAUAACCUGGAUUCGAACGCUUCUCUUAAUUUGACGCCUCCUCCGCAACAAAGCAAACUACGGCCUCCGAAUACACUGCCGAUCGGUGACAUACCGAGUCAGUCCAACAUGGACCGGGCAAUUCAGAAGCUCUCCGCUGACCUUCAAACAGUCAACUCGCGCUGUGGUAGUCAGGCGCUGGAUAUUCAAAACCUCUACCAAGAGUUAAGAAACUUUGACUUAAAACUGGAAAAUACUUUGCGCAGUGAGCUGCGCUGCCUUCAAGCUGAGAUGUCUAGUAAUUUUGCUCAUUCGAAGAGCAAUUCUCCAAACAAGUGCGAUGGUCCUGAAGCUAGGGGCAGUGGCUCCUCGGACGGAGCUGUGCAACGUCUAGAAGGCGCUGUGGCACAGAUGGAGAGAAAAAUGGAACAGCUGCAGAGUGAUCGGCUGAGAUUUGAAAAUGCUGUUCAAAACAACCUCCUAGAUCAAGCAACUCGAUCGUCCGAGACUGACAAAAAUACAAAGGAAACAAUUGCGGAACUUCGGUCAAAACUUAAAAACAAUGCGCAGGAAAUUAUCUCGAGCCGGCAGGAUGCACAUUCAGAACUGGAGGACUUGUCGGAUCAACUUAACCACCGAGUCACAGAUUCGCUGGAGAAGUUGCAGUGUGAGUUGAACAACUCUCGCAGGGACUUGGAGGCGGUAAGUUUACCGGAAUUUGGUCCAAUUUCAAGAUCGAUUCCAGGAUAUUUUGUUUGCUUGAUGUCACAGUCAUUUGAUUUUGCUCUUCCCAAGGCUCUGAGCCGCAUCAACGUUGCAAAUUCGGCCUACGAGGCCAGAUUGGUGGAGGUUGAAAACGGACUCAAGAAGCUGACUAAAGAACUCCCUGAGGAGAUGCACGAACUUAGACAGGACCAUCAGACGCACCAAAAGAAAUUGCUCAGCUCCCUGACACAGCUAGAUCUUGCUGUUGAGGUGUUGGAGCAAGGCCUCUCAGAUGAGAAGGAACAGCUCAAAGGUGUUGUUGCUGCAGAAAUCAAAGCCAGAACAUCAAACAUCUUUACAAUACAGACAAAACUACAGGAACUCGAAGAGAGCACCAAGGAGGCGUCUCUGAAAUUCCAAGUGCAGAUGGAUGAGAUUCAAGGGAGGCUGACUCAAAUAACAAGUCAGGUUGGUUAG